CUUUCCCCAAAGUGAACGAGGGAGCGUCUGUAGUUUCAAGUAGAAGCGACAGGUAACAGAUUCAAGGUAAAGGAUUUGUUCUCUUUCCUUUAUUGGGUCAGAAAGGUUACCAUCCAGUGAUGUAUGACAAUGCCUGGUACAGCGAGGCAUGACCGAGAGAUGGCUAUCCAAGCCAAGAAAAACCUGGCCAAAACCACAGAUCCAAUCGAGAGGCUGCGGCUUCAGUGUUUGGCCAGAGGGUCUGCCGGCAUCAAAGGACUCGCAAGGGUAUUUCGUAUCAUGGAUGAUGACAACAGCCGAACUCUUGAUUUCAAGGAGUUCUUGAAAGGCCUCCAUGAUUACGCUGUGUUAAUUGAGAAAGAAGAAGCCGAAAGGAUUUUCAACAUUUUUGAUAAAGAUGGGAGCGGAACAAUCGACUUUGAUGAAUUUCUCCUGACAUUGAGACCUCCUAUGUCAAAUGCCAGGAAAGAAGUCAUCCUGCAAGCCUUUCGAAAGCUAGACAGGACUGGAGAUGGUAUUGUCACCAUUGAAGAUCUGCAAGGAGUCUACAAUGCAAAACAUCACCCCAAGUAUCAGAAUGGAGAAUGGACGGAAGAUCAAGUUUUUAGGACUUUUCUAGAUAACUUUGAUUCACCCUACGACAAAGAUGGGCAGGUGACAACGGAUGAAUUCAUGAACUAUUACGCCGGUGUCAGUGCUUCGAUAGAUACAGAUGUCUAUUUCAUUGUGAUGAUGAAAAAUGCUUGGAAAAUCUGAUUGCAUGAUUUUUUAUAAAACCACACUCCCUCCCUUUCCUUUU